AUGACUAGUUCUCAGGACGUUUUAUCUGGUGUAAAACUUCAACAUGGGUUCGGGCGCUCCGCCAAUCAAUGGUUAUCUCCCGAUGGUUGUGCUAUGUUUUCAGUUCAACUACAUGUGCCAUCUGAUUCACCACUAGGGCAACGAGCACCAGUAGUUCAGCAUUUGGUGGCUACUGCCGUAGUAUCAGCCGUUUUAUCACAGCCUGGAUAUGAGGACCUCGAUAUUGGCCUGAAAUGGCCAAAUGACAUAUAUGCUCAUGGUGCAGUAAAAAUUGGUGGCCUUGUUGUAACCAGCACUUUAGAUUCAGACAUCACUGUUUGUAAUGUGGGUUGUGGAGUAAAUUUGGAUAAUAGUGAUCCAACUACUUGUAUAAAUGAUGUUAUUAAAAAGCAUAAUGCUGAUAAUGGAACUGAUCUUCAAACUCUUAGUUAUGAGAAGUUUUUGGCCUUAGUUUUCUCCGAGGUAGAAAAUAUUUUUAAAAUUGUACAAGCUGGAGAUAUUGACUAUCUUUAUGACCUGUAUUAUAAGUAUUGGUUGCACAACAAUGCCAAGAUUGUUGUAAUGGACGAAAGUAUCGAUGAUUUCGGUUUCUGA